CAGACUGCUGGGCUACUUCAGCCUAUUGAUGAGACAAUGGUUAAAAAAAUUCAUGAGCUUGUUGGAAGUGGUGUUAAUUGUGUUUCUAAAAUGCAACGGCACCUGCAUCAUUAUGUAAAGAAGGAACUUUUCACAGGCCAACAGCCUCCAGAUCUAACCAACAGAUGGUUCUUCCCAACAACCAUGGAUGUCAGGAACCACAUGCAUCGUGCCACAGUGGUAUGCAGACAUUCACAAAUUGAUCAAGAAAACCUUGACUUAAAAAUCAAGAAGUGGAAAGAAGAAAGCCCAGAUGAUAAUUUCUUUUUCAGGCCUUACUGCCUUACAAGUGAUAGUGAGUCCUAUCAACAACCACAGUCACUGAAGGAAGAAGACAGCACUGAUGUAAUUAAAAUAAGUAUAGGUGAUCCAUUCAACAACCUCCUCCUUGUUCAUCAGACAAAGUGGCAAAGAGAGCUGCUUUUAAAGUAUGGUGGUGAAAUUUGCCUACUGGAUGCAACAUACAAAACUUCA